UGAGACGUUCACUAUAUCCUGUCAAUAAUAUUACCUUCGCUUUCAGUAUUUAGGGCAGCAAACACGGACCUGGUUGUCUGUGCGCAGGAGGCGCUGCCCUACAUCGCGUUUUAUAAUGAUUGCUGCGGCGUUUUUGGUCUUAUUGAGACCGUAUAGUAUUCAAGUUGUUUUGCUAUUAUUGCUGCUAUUGCUAGGAACUAUUGCAACAAUUCUUUUUUUCUGUUGCUGGCAUCGGAGGCUUCGUAACGGGAAACAUCCUAUAAAAUCUGUGCUUUCAGGGCGCUCAAGGAGUCGCGCUGGUCUCCGGACUCAUCAUUUUCGAUCAGAGGGUUUCAGGCACAGUCCGCGCCAUGCCAGGAGGGCACGCGCUCGAGUGGCAGAGGAAAAGCCUCUUGUCGAAAUUCCCCAGAGUGAUCAUCAGAGUGACUCGUCCACAACUGUGAGGAAACGAAAAGUGAAGAAAAGAGUCCUUCCAGAUUUCUAUCACUCAGUACAAGUCACCCCAACACGAAAACCCAGCUCCGGUUCUGGCAACGCUUCCCUUCACUGUUCCAUGUCUUCAUCGGCGGAUUUCUCGGACGAAGAUGAUUAUAGUCUUAAAUCUGGGUCGGUCUCACCGGCACCGGGGGACACGUUACCCUGGAACCUACCCAGACACGAGCGACAUAAGCGACAAAUUCAGGGAGGAUCCGUUUUGGAUCCAGCAGAGAGAGCGGUGCUCAGGAUUGCAGAUGAAAGAGACAGAGUGCAGAAAAAGACUUUUACAAAAUGGAUAAACCAACAUCUCCUGAAGGUACGAAAGCAUGUAAAUGACCUGUAUGAAGACCUACGAGAUGGACAUAACCUGAUCUCACUGCUGGAGGUCCUGACUGGCCAGUCAUUGCCAAGGGAGCGUGAUUUCCUCAAGACAUUGCGGUUGGUGAGUUCGGCAGAAGCAUGUGCGGUUGAGCAGCAUGGAGAUGCGCAGGAUGAUGAUAAGGGGCCUCGGGAGAAAGGGAGGAUGCGGUUCCAUAGACUCCAGAAUGUACAGAUAGCACUGGACUUCUUAAGGAGGCGGCAGGUCAAGCUGGUUAACAUCCGGAAUGAUGACAUCACAGAUGGGAAUCCCAAAUUGACGCUGGGAUUGAUAUGGACCAUAAUUCUGCAUUUUCAGAUCUCGGAGAUCCAUGUUUGCGGGGAGUCGGAGGACAUGACAGCCAAGGAGCGUCUGCUGAUGUGGUCCCAGCAGAUGACCGAGGGCUACGUCGGCGUACGCUGUGACAACUUCACCACCUCCUGGAGGGACGGGAGGCUGUUCAACGCUAUCAUUCACAAAUACAGGCCUGACCUGGUGGAUAUGGCCGGAGUGUCGGCCCAGACUAGCCGGUCAAACUUAGAACAGGCCUUUGGUGUGGCUGAACGGCUUGGGGUGGCCAGACUACUGGACCCUGAGGAUGUGGAUGUGCAGACUCCUGAUGAGAAGUCGGUCAUCACAUACGUCUCCACACUGUAUGAUGUCUUCCCUAAAGUACCUGAUGGUGUUGACGGUAUCAAUGCAAAUGAUGUUGAUAUAAAAUGGGUAGAGUACCAGAACAUGGUGAAUUAUCUGAGCCAGUGGCUCAAACACAACGUGGCAGUGAUGUCAGACAGAGCGUUCCCUAACAACCCAGUGGAACUCAAGGCACUUUAUACACAGUACUUGCAGUUUAAAGAGAAUGAAAUCCCGCUGAAAGAAACUGAGAAGAGCAAAAUCAAGCAUCUUUACAAAAUGCUCGAGGUGUGGAUCGAGUUUGGUCGUAUCCAGCUACCUCAGGGAUAUCACCCCAACGAUGUGGAGAAGGAAUGGGGCAAACUGAUCGUGGCCAUGCUGGAGAGAGAGAAGAGCCUGAGGCCUGAGGUGGACAGGCUUGAAAUGUUGCAGCAGAUUGCCACCAGGGUCCAGCGGGACUGUGUCACAGGAGAGGACAAACUAGCAUUAGCAAGAGCAGCUCUGCAGUCUGAUGCUAAGAGGUUAGAGUCUGGGGUCCAGUUCCAGAAUGAGGCAGAGACUGCUGGGCACCUUCUGGAAUGUGAAAACCUGCUGAGACAGCAGGUGGUGGAUAUCCAGAUUCUACUGGACGGGAAGUACUACUACUCUGAUCAGCUUGUUCAAAGGGUAUCCAAGCUUCGUGACGACCUGCUGGGCCUGAGGGCAGAGUGUUCCUCUGUGUACAGCCAAGGACGCACCCUGACAACCGAACAGACCAAGAUGAUGAUCUCAGGCAUCACUCAGAGUCUUAACUCAGGCUUCUCCUCCUCGAACCUCAAUUCCAGCCUCACCCCAGCCCUCACCCCUGGAGGCCUGGGAACCCCCGGUUCCACCUUCACCUCCAUCCUGACCCCGGGCCUCACCCCUGCCCUGAGCCCCGCCUUGACCCCCGGCGGCAUGCAGCCCGGCUCGGUGCAGGCCUACAUGGGGGGCGGAGGUAUGGACCCGGGGGACCUCCAGCACCUCAAACAAAUGCAGAUCCGCAAGCCCCUGGGCAAGUCCUCGCUAGUGGACCCCAACAUGACCGAGGAUGAGGUCAACAUGAACUUUGUGCAGGACCUGAUCAACUGGGUGGAGGAGAUGCAGGUGCAGUUGGAUCGUGGAGAUUGGGGGUCCGAUUUGCCAAGUGUGGAAACACAUUUAGAGAACCACAAAGAGGUUCACAGAACCAUCGAAGAAUUUCAAAUGAGCCUUAAAGAAGCCAAACUUAGUGAGAUUCAGAUGACCCAAAAACUAGGUUAUUCUGAGAAACUGGACAAAUUAGAAACCCAGUAUGGGAAGUUACUGAACUGUUCGCGGGAGCGUCAGAAGAACCUGGAGAGCCUCCAUGACUUUGUGUCGCGAGCCACCAUGGAACUCAUCUGGCUCAAUGAGAAAGAGGAGGAGGAGGUCGCCUUCGACUGGAGCGAUCGCAACGGCAACAUCUCCAAGAAGACAGAGUACCACGCUGAUCUGAUGAGAGAGUUGGAUGAAAAGGAGGAGGUGAUCAAGUCUGUACAGGACAGGGCAGAGAACCUUCUGCAGGAGAACCACCCUGCCAGGUUAACUAUUGAAGCAUACAAAGCAGCCAUGCAGACCCAGUGGAGUUGGAUCCUACAGCUCUGCUCUUGUGUGGAGCAGCACCUCAAAGACAACACAGUCUAUUUUGAGUUUUUCAAUGAUGCCAAAGAGUCCACGGAUUACCUGAAGAGCCUACAAGGUGACAUCCAAAGAAAGUAUGGCUGUGAUCGGACAAGCAGCGUACACAAGCUGGAGGAUCACAUUCAGGAGUCCAUGGAUGAGAAGGAACAGCUCCUCCAGUACCGCAGCACAGUGGCUGGGUUGGUGGGCAAGGCCAAGGCCAUCGUCCAGCUCAAGCCUAGGAACCCAGAUACCCCUGUCAGGUCUUCCAUACCCGUCAAAGCCAUCUGUGACUACCGACAAAUAGAGAUCACCAUCUAUAAAGAUGACGAGUGUGUCCUGGCCAGUAACUCUCACCGGGCCAAGUGGAAGGUGAUCAGUCCGUCUGGGAACGAGGCCAUGGUACCCUCUGUCUGCUUCACCGUGCCUCCACCCAACAAGGAGGCUGUGGACCAGGCCAGCAGAAUUGAGCAGCUGUACCAGAAUGUCCUGGCUCUGUGGCACCACUCCCACAUCAAAAUGAAGAGCGUGGUCUCCUGGCACUACCUAAUGGCUGACGUCAGAGCCAUCCGCAACUGGAACGUUUCCUCAAUUAAGACCAUGUUGCCAGGCGAGCACCAGCAGGUCCUUAGCAACCUGCAGUCCCACUUUGAGGACUUCCUGGAGGACAGCAAGGAGUCAGAGGUGUUCACUGUGGCAGACUGUUCCCAGCUAGAGAGAGAGGUGCUGGCCUGCAAGGACUACUACGAGGAGCUGCUCAAGUCUGCAGAGAGAGAGGAACACGAGGAGUCUGUGUACAACCUGUAUAUCUCUGAGGUGCGUAACUUCCGCAUGCGUCUGGAAGCCCAAGAGGAGCACUUAAUCCGACAGAUCCGCACCCCACUGGACAGAGACGACCUGGAGCAAAGUGUCCUGCGCAUCACAGAGCAAGAGAAGAAGAAGGCAGAGCUGGACCAGCUGAAGGAGGAUCUGGAGACCGUGAAGGAGAAGUGUGAGAUGUUCCUCAGACAGGCCGGGGCCUCUCCCGCUGUCCCCACCCUCUCCUCUGACCUCAACGUCCUCAUCCAAAGCAUGAGCCAAGUCUACUCCAUGUCUGCCAUCUACCUUGAGAAGCUGAAGACAGUGAGCUUGGUGGUGAGGCACAGCCAGAGUGCGGAGGCUCUAGUGAAGCUCUAUGAGGCCAAACUCUCUGAGGAAGACGCCGUGAACUCUGACCUGAGUUCCAUCGACACAGUCGUCAGCACACUCAAGCAAUGGCGCUCAGAGAUCGACGAACAGAGGGAGAUCUUCCAUGACCUGGAGGAUGGGCUGCAGAAGGCCCGUGGCAUCAGCGAACGCAUGUUCAAGGCCCACAAUGAGCGGGACUUUGACCUGGACUGGCACAAGGAGAAGGCUGACCAGCUGGAAGAAAGGUGGAACAACGUCCACUCCCAGAUUGAGAGCAGACUUCGGGACCUGGAGGGCAUCAGUAAAUCUCUGAAGUACUACAAAGACUCCUACAGCAGUCUGGAUGAGUGGGUCAGAGAAAUGGAGGCUGCUCAGCUCAAGACCCAGGAGAAGCAGCCAGAGGACAGCAAGGCGCUCGCUGAGCUGGUAAACCAACAGAAGGUCCUCGUUGCAGAAAUGGAACAUAAGCAGAGCAGAAUUGAUGAAUGCCAAAAGUACUCCGAGCAGUACUCAUCUGGCGCUAAAGAUUAUGAGCUACAGCUGUUGACCUACAGAGCCAUGGUUGACUCCCAGCACAAGUCCCCGCUCAAGAGACGGAGGAUGCAGAACUCGGCUGAUGCUAUCAUUCAGGAGUUCAUGGAGCUCAGAACUCGCUACACGGCCGUAGUCACCUCCAUGACGCAGUAUGUAAAGUUUGCAAGUGAGACGUUGAAGAGAACAGAAGGCGAAGAGAAAAGGAAAGCAUCAGAAAGAACAGAGUACCUCACCUGGACAGAGAGCUGGGAGCUCCAAAAGGCAGCAGGGGAGGAGGUGAUUGGAAAGCUCCAGCAGCAGAGAUCUGUUGAUGAGGAGAAGAAAGAGCAUGGUGAUAAAGUUAGCAAGCUAUUGGGUUGGAUGUCCAGUGUGAAACCAGGCCAGAACAAAGAUGGUAAAGCCAGCACAGAGGCCUCUAGUAAGCCUCAGGUUUCAAUGGAAGAGAUGGUAACAAAAAAAGAGCAAAUUGCAGAAGCACUGAGGACAACACAGUUGAUGCUAACUAAACACAGUGAUAAGAUGACCGAGGAAGAGAAGCAGGAAGCCAAGGAGCAGCUGAAAUCCCUCCAUCAAGCCUACAGUGAUCUCUCCCAGCAGUGUUCUGAUCAGACACCGUCUGCCGAGCAGGAGUUUCAGACCAUUGAGGGCGUUCUCGAAGUGGGAAGUAUAGAGGUCUACUCUGUGUUUAGCUCUGUCCAAAGCGGCCUGAUCGACCAUACCACUGGGCUCAGUCUCCUGGAGGCUCAGCUCGUCACCUCUGGCCUCGUUCUGCCUCAGUUCAGGAUGUGUCUGGAGCUGGACGAUGCUUUCCAUCACAACCUCAUUGACGAGGCCACCUGGAAGCAGCUCAGAGAGCUCAAGGAAGCCAACCAGAACAUCCUGAGCCCGCCAUUCUCUUCAGAACCUCUCCCUGUGAUGGCAGCGCUUAGAGAGGGGGCCGUCUCUGAGCGCCUGGCCAUGAAGGUUAUAGAGAUCCAGCUGGCUACAGGUGGGUUGAGGGUGUCCUACACGGGCGAUGUACUGACCCUGGAGAGGGCCUUUCAGUUUGGCCUGAUCCCUGCACCUCUGUACGUCAAGCUCCUUGAGAGACAGAACACAUGGAAGGACCUGAUCAACCCCGGCACGGCAGAGAAGGUCUCGCUUACCCAGCUGGUGCAGAGGAGCGUGGUGGAUGAGGAGACUGGACUGCGACUGCUGCCGGUGAAGAAGAGCCACAAUGGGAGCAUAGAGUUGACAUCCGGGAGGGAGAUGAGUGUACUUAGGGCGGUUCAUGAGGGGUUGAUUGACAGAGAGACCACAUUGAGGCUGCUGGGUGCUCAGCUGUUUGCAGGCGGUAUCGCCGACCCCAAAACAGGCCGUAAGCUCACCGUAGAGCAAGCCCUGUCAGAGGGCUUGAUCGAUCAAGACACUGCCAGUGGGAUACUGAGCCAGCAGGCCCAAAAUGGAGGCAUAGUGAACCCUCAGAAUGGCAAAAGGCUAACGGUGGAUGAGGCUGUUCAGUGUGAUUUGAUUAGCUUUAGCAGUGCACUCUUGGUGCUGGAGAAACAGAAGGGGCUCAUGGGACUUUUAUGGCCUCACUCUGGUGAAAUCUUGUCCGUGUCCACCUCUCUGCGGCACGAAAUCAUCACCUAUCAGCUCGCGUUCAAACUGCUCAGCAAUAGACAGAAGAUAGCUGCCCUUUACAUACCAGAAUACUCAGAGGUAGUGGAUAUUAACUCUGCUACUCAAAAUGGUUUCAUUGAUGCACAUACAGCAGAGGUAUUGAAAACCAUUGAAAUACCAGAUGUUUUUCCUGAUGUUGUUGAGCUUAAUGAGAGAUUUUCUAACUGGCUGAUGUUGAGGGAGCUUCAGAUUGGAGGAUCCCAUCGCCCUACAGAUGAUAAUGAGAUUGAUGAUGAGAACAUAAAUACCCCAUCUCCCAUCGAGGCAAAACAGUUAUUUAUCUCAUACCUCACACUGAAUAGUUACAUGGAUCCAAAAUCAGGACAAAGGCUCUUAAUAUUCGAUGGACAGUUGACUAAAAUGGCAGAACUUUUAGUUGACAUUUCAGUAGAGACAACUGAAAACCAGGUAUACAACACUGGACCUGGUGAGGCCACUUUUGGGGAUAUUUCCUUGAAAGAAAAUAUUUCUGAAGAUUCAGAGAUGUCCUUUGAAAGCAAUACUGAGGAUUUUGGAUAUUUGCACAUUAACGAGGAAACGGAUGGAACAAUGAAAGACCACCGUGCUUCCAAUUUCUUCAGGGAGGAGGAGUCAGAUUAUAAUCAAUCUGAUAAUAAAACCUUUUUUAAUAAUGUGGUAAAGAUGGUAGCACAACAUGGGACAGAGGAGUCUGCUUCAGCUAUUGACUCUGUAAAAAAUACCACACAGCCGGAUUCUGAAAUUAGCAUCUAUCAAAAGAAUACAAGCAGUAUAAGUCUAGCACCCAUUGCAAUUGAUGCAGAAUCCUCAGAUAAUCAACCAAAAGAGACUUUUAAUGGAAGUUCAGCCACACAAACUCCUCCCACAGACAUGAGCUUGCCCUCGGGUGCACAGGAUUGCAAAAGGAUGCUAGCACAAGAUUUCACAGAGGAGUUAUCUAGCGCUGUUAAGAAUACCAGACAGCAUGAUUCUGAUACAAGUGUUUUGUCUGAUGGCCCACCACCCUGUGAAAUUGGUUUAGAAACCUCAGAUAUGGCUUUAUAUAAUCAACCAAUAGGAGAAUCAGACACACAAGCCAUGUCGAAAAGCUCAGCCCCUACUAAAUCAUGCUCAGUGAAUGGCAAAGACAUGAGCUUGCUAGCACAAUGCGUCACAGAGGAAGCAUCUGUAGCUGUUCAUUCUGAAAAGAUUGCCAGACAACCUGAUUCUAAAGCCAAUGUUUUGUCUAAAAGCAUUUAUCAAAAGACCAGACACGGUACAAGCCCAUCAUCGUUUGAAAUUGGUGUAGAAACUUCAGAAAUACCUUCAGAUCAUCAACCACAAGAGACUGUCAAUGGAGUUUCAGCUUCACAAACUGUAUUGGAAAUCUCAGCUCCUCCUGGAUUGUGCUUAGUGAAUGACACAGACAUGCACCUGUCAUCAGGUGCCAAGGAUUCUAAAAAGGUGGUGGCACAAGGCCUCACAGAGGAAGCAUCUGUAGAGGUUAGCUCUUGUAAAAAUACCAGUACGAGCCCAGCGCUGAUUGAAAUUGAUUUAGUCACCACUGAAACUUCUUCAGAUAAUCAACCAAAAGAUACAGCCAAUGGAGGUUCAGCCACACAAACCAUUUUGGAAAUCUCAACUCCUCCUAGAUCCCUCUCAGUUGAUUCUGAAAAGACCAUCAGACAGCCUGAUUCUGAAGCAAAAGUUUCGAAGAAGAAGAUAAACAACACAAGUCUAGGACCCUUUGAAAUUGAUGUCGAAACCUCACAAAUAGCUUCAGAUAAUCAACCACAAGAGACUUUCACUUUCAACGAAGGGUCAGCCAGACAAAUCAUUUUGGAAAGGUCAACCCACCCAAUAUUGUGCUCAGUGAAUGACACAGACACGAGUUUCCCCUCAGCUGCACCGGAUUCCAAAAGGAUGCCAGCACAAGAGGAAUAUUCUAGCUAUGAAAACAAUGCACAACAUUCCAAAAGGGAGGUAGCACACGGUUUCACAGACGAAUCAUCCAUAUCUGUUGACUCUGAAAAUAAUACCAGGCAGCCUUCCUUUGAAAUGGGUGUUGUGUCUGACAGAAUCUAUCAAACCAACACAAUGAGCACAAUCCCAACACCAUUUAAAAUGGAUUCAGAAACAGAUAUUGCUUCAGAUAAUCAACCUAAAGUGACUUUCAAGGGAAGUUCAGCCACACAAACCGUACUGAAAAGCUCUACUUUGUGCUCAGGGAAAGACACAGGCCUGAGCUUGGCCUCAGUUGCACAAGGUUCCCCACAACGUCCCACAUAUCCAGUGACACCUGGCUGUGAGACAGACAAGGACACCAACUUUGAGUCAUCGCUAUUGGCCACUGACACCCUUGACACAACCACAGCGUUUCCAUGCACUGAAGAAGUAGUGUGGGACAAUGAAGAUGAGAGAGUCCUUGCGUCCCACCUUCUCAGAGCCCAAGUUGAGGAGGGUGGCAUUUUGGAUAUAAUCUCUGGGAAACGCUAUGACCUUGAUGCAGCUCUUGGUAAGGGCCAUGUGGACAAGGAGACUGUGUUAGAGGUGCUAGAAUUGCAGCUCCACAAGGGAGAUGUCUUAGGGGAAGAGAGAAGCACAAUGGCAACCCUGAAAGAAGCUGUGUCUAAAGGCCCCAUAUCCUCCCAGAUGGCCCUGCAGAUCAUGGAACAGCACAGCCUGUUGGGUGGUGCAUAUGAAUCCAAGUCUGGAUGCACUAUUAGUGUGAGUGAAGCACUGGAUUCAGGGAUGAUUGAUGAUGAUUUGGCUGUAAAGAUCCUUCAAUUAGACCCAGUACACAAAGCAAUCGUCGACCCUGAUAGACACUGUACUCACAGCAUUUCUUAUUCCCGGAGUCUGGGCCUCAUAGACAACGACGAGGCUGAGAAUAUACGUCAGCAUCAAAAAGACAAAAAGCUGGCGGUUUUGGUUCUUGAUGACCCUGAUGAGGAAGAAGGGAUCGAGAACAGGAAUAGACAUGCAGGGGAAGAUUUGGACGCAGAAGGAAACAGAGAACAGAACUGCGAUUCGCAGAAGUCCUUACUACCUUCUUUCACCAUUAGUCACAGGCCUGUAUGUAGACAGAUCAUAUCACCUAUCCUGUCAGAUCAGUUAACAGGGGGACGUGUCAUCCAUCAACUUGACACAACAUCUUCAUUAAGGGAAGAUGGUGCCUCACAGGCCCCCAUCAGUCCACUGUCAGACAUGGUCCCUGGGUCUAGAAAUUCCAUCCAAAAUUACAUGUCGUCAAACAGAUCAAACUCUCUCAGUUUGAGCGAUAGUGGAGAUAGUGGAGCACCUCAGCGCCAGGCCGAGGAAUUGAGACAGACAGAGGAAGACAGUAGCAGUUCUCUGAGGAGAGAAACUGAUCUGUCCUGCGAGGCGGUUGGCUUCACUCCGCAUGAUGGGCAGCUGGGAGCAGGAUACCAUGAGAUAGUGGGGGACCAGACUGUCUGUCCUGUUCAGAGUGACUCGGGCGUGUCCUGCUCAUCACAUAGUGAUCUGUUGUCUGAUGAAAAGAAAAUGGAGAAUGUGUUGAACGCUGUUCAGCCGCCAGCCAGCCAGUUACUCAAGGAGUCAGACCGGAGAAUAGAUAGCUCAUCACCAAGAGAUUUGUCUGGUGAUGUAACAAGCACGGUGUCCAGAGUCGUGGGUGUCAAUGGGGAUAAAACUGUAAUAAACGGUGAUGAAGUUUCAUCGUUUAGCACUGUGUCACCUCAGCAACCUCUAGUGAAGUCAGAGAGGAAUAUUGGUGGAGAUAUCAAGCCCACAUCCUCUCAAAACGAGCACAGUCAGAGUAAGCCCACCGGUCAGAAAAAGAGUCCAGUGCAGUUGACUAACUCCUCUGAUUUAGCUAUUGUAUCCAAUGUACUGAGCGUAGAAACAGGCAGUGACAAUAAAGACAGCUAUGAUAUAGGUGAUCAAGAGCAGUUACAAACUGCUCCCACUAAAGAGAUAUUUAGCACAAUUACCCCUGAUCCGACACUGACUGAUAAACACCUGCCAAAUUCAAACUCUAAUGUUAAAGCUAAAGCUAAUGACAGGGUUGAAUCAAGCAGGAGUGGUGACAGCAAACCAGGGAGACAAGAAGGCUCAUCUAAUGGUGGUCUCUCACAGAUUACUGAUCAAGCUGAUUCAGCCACGGUGUCCGAAACAUCACAGACAGGACAGACAAGUAGUGACAAACGUAAUUCAGGUGUGUCUGAGAAGUUGCCCGAUACAAGUUCGUCGUCAGCAUCAGAAAUGACCCCAGGGAAUCCAUUAAAGGCAAAAGAGCCAGGUAUGAGAUCAGAUGUUAAACAAGAUGAAUGUGGUUCUUUUGAGAAUAAUCCCCAGCCGAUGGCCGUUAAUGCUCAACCAGACUCUCACUCCAAUACACCCUCAACAUCAGAAAUUACCUCAGGGCAUCCGGUAAAGCCUGGCCUCGGAUCAGAUCUUACAUGUGAUGGAUGUAGGCAGAAUCAAUGUUGUGCUGAUGAGAAUCAUCCCCAUCUGAUGACUGUUGAUGUUCCACCAGACUCCAUGACACCUGAUAGUGUCCCACCACCUGUGUCGGCCAUCUAUACUGCUCUAAGGUCUGGUUUAGAUGAGCUGGUGAGAAUGAGAGUGGAGGGGGCAGAUGUCGAUGACGUGCAAAAGGCUGAGACCCAAGCAGUGGAGGACAUCAUCAACCUGAUACAGGACAAUCCACAGUCCCAUGGGAGAGGUUUUGGUGAUUUUGGUGAGGAGACAGAUGCAGCUUCUGGGCUUAUGAAAAGUAGUAGCCCAGAUCUCCUCAGGGAUCUGUUGAAGCAAGAGGCUUUCCGUUCAGGUAAAACUAGUCCGGUGGAAGAGGAAGGGGAACCACCCCAUGAAGAAACCACUCCAUCUGAUAUGACACAGAUUCAGUCUCGGCUUCUGCAGGUUCUUCAAAGUGUAUCCUCAAGCCAAGACCCUGCCGUGCUCAGAGAUGUGAUAGGAACCUUGUGCAGUAUUCUGGAUGGUGCUCCUCACGAGGACAGGCCACACAACCUGGAGAUCAUCCAGGAGGAGGGCUUGUCAGAUGAGGCUGAAGGUGCCUUGGCAGAUCCCAUGGAAGCUCCGGACCUAUUUCAAUCUACAGAGGUUGAAACCAUUUCAGACACAGGCAAUGCUGAUGCUGUUCAAUCUAAAGUCAGGCAACAGUACUCCACCCAGGAUUAUCUGGAGUGUGUGGGCAGACUUCAGGAUCAUGCAGAUGUUCUAGAGGAGAUCAGGAACGACCUGUCUUCCCAGCAGGGAUCUCUGAGUAACAGUAUGGAGGAGUUACACAUUCAGCUGGAUGAAUCUCAGUCGUUGGAAGCACAUCUCUCUACACUGGCUAGCUUUCUGACCAGAGAUCUGAACAUAACCAAGCAGCUGCUAAAGUCUGCCAAUGAGCUCGUUCCCACGCAUAUCCACCAAGAUCUGGCUUCAGCCUUUCUGGAGUUGCAGCCAUUUUUUGCAGACGUUAGGCAGAUGUCUGCAGAAAGGAAUGAUGUUCUAAGGCAGGCUAUUGAUACAGGAAAGGCCCAGUUGGAGUCAACAUACCAGGAUCUCCUCAGUACCCUUGAUAGACUAUCAGGCUGUAUUCAUGAGAACUCUGAGAUGGCCUGCAACCUCGACAUCCUGAACACAUCUGACACGGACACAGUGAAAGACAUGAUCCAGAAGAAUAAGGGCAUGGAGACUAAUCUGUCAGGGACCCAGAGACAUCUGGAGGACACUGCGUUUGACAUCCAGUACUUUAUCUCAGAGCAUGCCCAGUUCCUGAGCCCGGCACAGAGCAAGCACCUCCUCAAGUCUCUCAGCGCCACCCAGCGGGCGUUUAAGGAACAGACGGAGAGUGUGGCCAACAAGAGACGCACCCUGGAACUCCACCUGGAGAUCAGAGAGGACGAGAGUCAGCAGAAGUACAUGGUGGAGAAACAGAAGGUUUUCUCGGACAAGCUGCAGGAGCUGUGUGACAACCUGACCAAUACAGAGAACCGUCUGAUAGGCCAUCAGCAGCAGACCAAGGGUGCAGAGAGUGUGGAAGACCUGCAGCAAGUGCAUCAAGAGCAUCAGGCCUUGCAGAAAGACAUCCUGACCAAUGGCAGUGCCUUGAAUGAGGUCAUCAGUAGCACCAACAAGUUCCUGGAUGAGAAUCGGUCUAAGUUGACCCCAGAUCAGAUUGUUGCCAUCGAGAGCAAGCUGGAGGACGCCAAUAGCAAGGUCAAACUCAUCAACCAACGGGCCGAGGAGUCAAGGAAAGACCUGGAGAAGUCUAUGACCACUGCUAUCAAACAGGAGACUGAGAAGGAGGCUGCUGUUGAGCAGCUUGAGGAGAGCAAGAACAAAAUCGAGGGUCUGCUGGACUGGAUCAACAACAUGGGGAAUGAGAAAGGGAUGGGGGGCGACCAGACAGACCAUAUGGGGGGCGACCAGACAGACCAUAUAGGCAUACUGAACGGGAACAUGCCGUUGCAGUCGGAGACCUCGGCCAAGAACAUUCUGGGUGAGGAUGAUGACCCCAAUGGAAACAACGGAAAUGCUUUCCAGACUACAGACAACGACACUGAAGGACAGGCCACAGGGAAGACCCCAGAACUGGACCUGGAAAAGCAGUAUGACAGGGUCAAGGCUCGUCACCAGGAGAUCCUGUCCCAGCAGAAGGACAUGAUCAUGGCCACCCAGUCAGCCCAGGCUCUGUUGGACCACCAGGCCCAUGCCUUGUCACCCACAGAUAAGGACAAGCUCCAGAGGGACAUCCAGGAGCUGAAAGGCCGGUACGACGCUUCCCUUACCCAGGCAGAACAGCAGAUGAAGCAGGUGGUCCAGGUCCAGGAGGAGCUGAAGAAGUUCCAGGGAGACUGUGAGGAGUUUGAGGGCUGGCUGCAGCAGGCCGAGGGGGAGGUGGGGGAGCUGGGAUCCCCUGCUGGAGCUCUGAACGUCCUCACAGAGAAGCUCCAGAGACAGAAGAGCUUCUCUGAGGACGUCAUCUCCCACAAGGGAGACCUGCGGUUCAUCACCAUCUCAGGACAGAAGGUGUUGGACGUGGCGAAGGCCUGCGGACGCAUGGACCCUGGUGGGAAAGAUGCCCAGCUGGACGUGGAUACCACUGGAACCUGUGCUGCUGUGAAGGAGAAGCUGGACUCAGCUGCUGGCCGCUUCAAAGCCCUGCACUCUCAGUGCAAUGAGCUUGGCAACAAUCUCAGAGACGUGGUGGACAAGUACAAGAAGUACGAGGACUCGACCGCUGGUCUCCUGAAGUGGCUCAACAACUCAGAGGACGAGGCCAGAAGGCAGCAGUCUGAGGCCAUCGCUGCCGACCCCCAAACCCUACAGAAACAGCUGGAGGACACCAAGGCUCUGCAAGGUCAGACUGCUGGUCGUCAGACGGCUGUGGAGACACUCCGCAAAACAGCUGACUCUCUGGUCACCGCCGAGGGGGACCUGUUGACCAAUCAGGACGUUAUCCAGGAAAGAGUAGAUGAUAUUGUGGAGCGGUAUGACAACCUGUCUAAGUCAGUGAGUGAUCGUAAUGAGAAGCUUCAGAUCACCCUGACCCGCUCUCUGAGUGUCCAGGAUGGCCUGGAUGAGAUGAUGAGCUGGAUGGAGGGAGUAGAGAAGAGUGUGAAGGAGAAAGGACAAGUCCCUCUGGAUUCAGCAGCCAUUGGAGAUGUGCUCAGCAAAGAGGCAGCUCUGGAGCAGGAUAUUUCCAGUCGCCAGAGCAGCAUCUCUGCCAUGAAGGCCAAGGUUAAGAAGUUUGUGGAGACAGCUGACCCCGCCGCGGCGGCUCUGCUGCAGUCCAAAAUGGAUGGCCUGUCGCAGCGCUUCUCUGAUGCCUGUGACAAGCACAAGCAGAAGGUGGGCCAGCUGGAGCAACUGAAGGACAAGGUUGAGGAGUUUGAGAAGACCUCGGAGAAGGUGCAGCAGUUUGUGCUCAAGCGCUCGCAGGCCCUCUCCGAAACAGACGGACCUGGGAAAAACGUCAACGAGCUCUCGCAGCUCAUGCAGUACACUAACACUGAGUUGGCUGAACAUGCCAAGGAUGUGGAAAUGCUGCAGACGCUGUCAAAGGAACUGGCCAAUAUGGGUCCAGAGGGAAGCAAUGCCCAGAUUCAGAGCAAGAUGGACAACGUCUCCAACACAUUCAAUGCCUUCAAAAACACAGUGAAAGAGAAAGAGGAGGAGGUGUCUUCCUGCCAGGACCAGCUGGGAGACUUCAUGGCUGCAGCCGGAGAUAUCAGGACGUGGCUGGAGGAGACCACAGAGAAAGUCCCUGUGGUUCAGCCAACCAUCAGUGAACAGAGUCUAGCGAAGGACCUGCAGAGAGUCAAUGCUCUAAUGGAGGAAUGGACAACCAAAGGCUCUGCCGUCCAAGAUAUAAAUAGCAAAGGAUCUGCAUUAUGUAGCCUCAUCAGUGUUCUCACAUCUCCAGCCAAGAUCAAGAUGUCACAUAAGUCAGCUGUUACUAACAGUGGUGGCCCCGGAAACCAUGCCUACCUAACCAAUAAAGAGCUGAUGGUGGUACAGCAAAACAUGUCGUAUAUCAACGAGGGCCACGAGAGCCUGGGAAAGCUGCUGAAGGGCCGGGCUGCAGAGCUGUCUGGCCUGGUGCAGGAGGUGACAGAGGCCCAGAAGGAGACAGAUACCAUGAUAACAUGGCUGAAGGACAUGAAGAAGACAGCAGCAUCCUGGAACUCUGCGUCCACAGAGAAAGACGCCAUGAAAACACAACUGGAGCAACAGAAGGCCUUUGAGGAAGACAUGAAACAAAAGCGCGAGCAGCUCCAGAAGCUGAGAGAGAAGCUCCUCCAUCUGAUUGAGAAACACCCAGACUCUCCUGAAGCAGCAAAAUGGAAGCAGAUGCUGUCACAGAUAGAUGAUGCCUGGGUGGAUGUGAGUGAGUCAGUGGAGGACAGGAAGCAGCACCUGGAGGAGUCCAACAGGAACCUGGACGUGUUCCAGACCACUGAGCAGCAGCUCCGCCAGUGGCUCUCAGAGAAGGAUAUGAUGCUCAGUGUCCUGGGCCCCCUCUCCAUGGACCCCAACAUGCUCAACACACAGAAGCAGCAAGUCCAGAUCCUCCUGAACGAGUUUGACAGCCGUAAGCCUCAGUUUGACCAGCUUAACGAGGCUGCUGCUGCUAUCCUGAGCACAUCAGGCAAGCACGACCCCUCCUCUGGUGGGAAGGUGGUGAAGAACCAACUGGCCGCCGUCACCCAGAAAUGGCAGGGCCUGACUGGGCAGCUGGGCCAGCGAGCCGGCCUCAUCGACCAGGCUGUGGGGAAGUCGGGCCAGUUCCAGGAUCUGCUGAGGAGCCUGAGCCAGAGCACCGCCUCACUGGAGACCCGGCUCAACAGCCAGCAGGCCCUUAGCAGUCAGCCUGACGUGCUGAAGAAGCAGCUGGAGGAGGCUAACACCAUCUCUGGCCAGCUGAGGGAGGAGAGGAAGAGGCUGAAUGAGGCUGAGACUCUCUGCUCUGAACUUUCUGCCCUGGUCACGGAAGACUACCUGAAAGCAGGCCUAGUCAUGCAGCUGGAGGGGGUCACCAAGCCCUUCAAACAGUUGGAGGACAAAGCAGGGAAGCGGAUCCAGCAAUUGAACUCGGCCUUCGCCAGCUCCCAGCAGUUUCACCAGACCUCCAAAGACUUCCAGGGGUGGAUGAACGAGAAGCUCCAGGAGCAGUCUAAACCCCAGGCCAUCUCAGCCCAGAUGGAGACCCUCCGGCAGAGCCUGAAAGAGCACAGUGCCCUGCAGAAGGCCCUCAGUGAACAUGAGGAACCGUACAGCACCAUCGUCAGGGAGGGAGAGACCCUCCUCCAGAACACAGACGGGGCAGAGAAGGUGGCGAUGCAGGGCCAGCUGGCCGCACUGCGUUCCAACUGGGACGAUGUGAAGAAGAGCUCGGCUGAGCGCCAGGAUAAGCUCCAGGGGGCGCUGCAGAGGGCCCAGAAGUAUCACGAGCACGCUGAGAAGCUCCAGUCCUGGGUCCAGGAGUGUGAGGUCAGGGAGGGCAGCGUCAGGCUCAGCGUGGACCCAGCGGAGGUGGAGAGCUCCAUCUCCCAGCUGAAGGCCAUCCAGAAGGACGUGGAGAAACACAGAGGCCUGGUGGAGCAGCUGAACACUGUAGCCGACAGCCUCCUGGAGGUGGCCAACGCAGACACAGAGGCCAUCAGGGAGGAGAAGGUGGCCAUCGGGCAGAGUGUGGACCGGGUCACGGAGGGGGUCCAGAACAAGAGGGAGUCUCUGGAGAAGAUCUCACAGAGGCUGAAGGAGUUCAACGACACCCACAAAGAGGCCAAGGGCCAGCUGGAAGGGGCUAAGAAGCAGCUAGAUGCACACACAUCACUGGGGGUCCAGGCCUACAGCAACAAGAACCUGACCAACAUGAAAGCCCAACAGAAGAGCCUGGAUGGGGUCAACACCCAGGUGGAGCACCUAAAGAGCCUUGCCCAGGGCCUGGUGGCCGAUGUCCCCGAGGCAGACGGGGUGACCGACCUCCUACUGCAGGCCGACAGCCUGGAGAAAGAGCACGGAUCCCUCAGCAAGGAUGUAGGGGAGACCUGCUCCACCUUGGAGGGCAAGCUGCAGGGCAUCGGGCAAUUCCAGACCAACAUCCGCAAGAUGUUCACCCGCUUCGCAGACCUAGACGACGAGCUUGACAGCAUGGCUUCUGUAGGCCGCGACCUGGCCACUCUGAAGGAGCAGCAGGGCGGCAUCAAGGGCUUUGUGGAGAAACUGCAGGAGCUGAUGGCCGACACGGCUCGAGGAGGAGACAGCUGUAAGAAGAUGCUGGUGACUGAGGCCUCCCCAGACCUGCUGGGGCUGAAGAGAGACCUGGAUGCUCUGAGUAAACAGUGUGGAAAGCUGAUGGACAGAGCCAAGGGGAGAGAGGAACAGGUGGGGAGCACACUCACCCGUCUGGAUGAGCUUUACUCCAAGCUACAGCAGUUCACCAACAAACUGAGUGAGGCUGAGGUCAAGGAGGAGGGUCAAGGGUCAGUUGGCAUGGAGACAGAUGUCAUCAACCAACAGCUGGAAGCUUUCAAGGUAUUCCAGCAAGAGGUUGAUCCACUGCAGAGCCAGUUGCAAGACAUUAACUGGCUGGGCCAGGGCCUGAUCCAGAAUGCUGCCAAAGGCACCAGCACCAAGGGCCUUGAACAUGACCUGGAGGAUGUCAACACUCGAUGGAACACUCUCAACAAAAAGAUUGCUGAGCGGUCAGUGCAGCUGCACGAGGCCCUGUUGCAUUGUGGGAGGUUCCAGGAUGCCCUGGAGUCCCUGCUCAGCUGGCUGACGGACACAGAGGACCUGGUGUCCAAUCAGAAACCUCCGUCUGCCGAGUUCAAAGUCGUCAAGGCACAGAUCCAGGAGCAGAUACUCCUCCAGAGGCUGCUUGAUGACCGCAGGCCCACGGUGGAGCUGAUUAAGAAGGAGGGUGGGAAGGUUGCGGAGCUGGGAGCAGAGUCGGUGGACAAGGAGAAGGUGGGGAAGGAGAUUGAGUGCCUGGGGCAGAGGUGGGACGCUCUGCUGAAGAAGGCUGAGAACAGGCACAAACAGCUGAAGAGCAUUCUGGUUGUGGCUCAGCAGUUCCAUGAGACACUGGAGCCUCUGUCUGAGUGGCUCUCUGCCACAGAGAAAUGCUUGGCCAAGGCUGAACCCAUUGGCACACAGACCUCCAAGCUGGAAGAGCAGAUCUCCCAGCACAAGGUUUUAGAGGAGGAGAUAAUGACUCACAGUAAAGACCUGGUUCAGGCCGUCAGCCUGGGUCAGAUGCUAAAGCUGGUCAGCUCAGUGGACGAUAAGGAGCUGGUGCAGUCUAAGCUGGACUCCAGCCAGGCUAGUUACGUAGAGCUUCAGGAGCGCUGUAGGAGGAAGGCUAAGAUGCUGCAGCAGGCUCUGGCCAACGCACAGCUCUUUGGAGAAGACGAGGUGGCCCUCAUGAACUGGCUCAACGAAGUGCACACUAGGCUGAGCGAAGUGUCCGUCAAAGACUACAAGACGGAUGUGCUCGAAAAGCAGUGUGCAGAACAGCUGGCCCUACAUGAAGACAUUGAGUUGAGGAAGCAGAAUGUUGAUCAAGCCAUUGCCAAUGGAUUGGAGCUGCUGAAACAAACAACAGGUGAUGAGGUGGUUGUCAUCCAAGGCAAGCUGGACGGGAUAAAGACGAGAUACGCUGAGAUCAACUCCAUGAGUGAUAACGUGUCUAAGACCCUGGACCAGGCCCUGACCCUGGCCUCCAAGCUUCAGCACACCCAUGAAGACCUCAACUCCUGGCUGAAGAAUGUCGAGGCUGAGCUCACCGCCUUCGCUGCUCAGGAGCCUGUAGGAGAGCAGCUCAUCCAGGCACAAGACAGGCAGAAGGCGUUGCUGAAAGAGGCCAGGGAUCACAAACCCCAGGUGGACAAACUGAACGAGGUGAGCAGCUCUCUGCUGGAGCUGGUCCCAUGGAGGGCCCGGGAGGGCCUGGACAAGCUAGUGACAGAGGACAACGAUCGCUACAAGGCCACCAGCGACACCAUCGCACAUCACGUGGAGCAGAUAGAUGCUGCUAUACUGAAAUCACAGCAGUUUGAACAAGCAGCUGACACUGAGCUAGCCUGGCUUACUGAAGCAGAGAGGAAGAUGUUGUCAUUGGGGGAGAUCAGGCUGGAACAGGACCAGACCACUGUCCAGCUCCAGGCCCAGAAGGGCUUCUCCAUGGACGUCAUGAGACACAAGGAUGCCGUGGAUGGAAUUGUGAAAACAGGCCAGGCCAUCAUGAACAGCAAGGAUGAGGAGGAAAAGCAAGCCUUGAAGGCCAAGAUCCAGGCCCUCCUGGAGAAGUACGCUGUUGUCAGUCAGAUGAAUUCGGAGCGCUGCCUGCAGCUGGAGCGAGCCCAGUCUCUGGCCAGCCAGUUCUGGGAGACUUACGAGGAGCUGUGGCCCUGGCUCCAGGAGACCCGCACCAGCUUCAGCCAGCUUCCACUGGCGUCCAUCGAGUACGAAGCUCUCCGACAGCAGCAGGAGGAGCUCAGGCAAAUGCGAGAGCUGAUUGCUGAGCACAAGCCCUACAUCGACAAGAUGAACAAGACAGGUCCCCAGCUACUGGAGCUGAGCCCUGUGGCAGGGGUCCCUAUCAGGGAGAAGUACACAGCCACAGAUCAGCUGUACGCCCAGCUCAAGGCUGACGUCAAACAGAGGGCCUUCACUCUGGAUGAGGCCAUCUCCAAAUCCACACAGUUCCAUGACAAGAUCGAGCCCAUGCUGGAGUCCCUGGAGCGGAUCGCUGAGCGCCUGCGUCAGCCUCCCUCCAUCUCAGUGGAGGUGGAGAAGAUCAGGGAGCAGAUCACAGAGAACAAGGUUGUGUCCGCGGACCUGGAGAAAUUGCAGCCAUCCUACGACACGCUCAAGCAGCGCGGCGAGGAGAUGAUCGCGCGCUCAGCGGGAGCUGACAAGGACGUAUCUGCUAAAGCUGUGCAAGACAAGCUGGACCAGAUGGUGUUCACCUGGAAUGAGAUCCAUGCCCUGAUGGAGGAGAGGGAGGCCAAGCUGCUGGAUGUAAUGGACCUGGCAGACAAGUUCUGGUGUGACCACUGUGCCCUCAUCGUUACCAUCAAGGACACCCAGGACCUGCUGAGGGAGCUGGAGGAGCCUGGAGUCGACCCCUCUGUGGUGAAACAGCAGCAGGAGUAUCUGGAGAGCUUCAAGGAGGAGAUUGACGGCCUUCAGGAGGAGCUUGAUGUGGUGCGGAACCUGGGGGCGGAGCUUAUGGCUGCCUGUGGCGAACCAGAUAAGCCAGUCACAAAGAAGAGUAUUGAUGAGGUGAACUCGGCGUGGGAGACUCUGAACAAGGCGUGGAAGGAGAGAGUGGACAGACUGGAUGAGGCCAUGCAGGCUGCUGUGCAGUUCCAGGAUGGCCUGCAGGGUAUGUUUGACUGGGUGGACAUCGUGGAGCACAAACUGGGUUCUAUGUCACCUGUGGGCACAGACCUGGACACUGUCAAGCAGCAGAUAGAAGAACUCAAGGAGUUCAAAGGUGAGGCAUAUCAGCUGCAGAUGGAGAUGGAGCGACUUAACCAUCAGGCAGGCCUGCUGCUGAAGAAGGUGACGGAGGAGUACGACCGCUGUGCCAUCCAGGAGCCCAUGACCGAGCUCAAAAUGCUCUGGGACAACCUGGAUGAAAAGAUCAUCAACAGACAGCACAAACUGGAGGGAGCGCUGUUGGCUCUGGGGCAGUUCCAGCAUGCGCUGGACGAGCUUCUGGCCUGGAUGAGCAACACAGAAGAGCUGCUCAACGAACAGAAGAAGGCUGUAGGAGACCCCAAAGCCAUUGAGAUCAAGCUCGCCAAGCACCACGUCCUCCAGAACGAUGUGUUGGCCCAUAAGACCACGGUGGAGGCGGUCAACAAGGCUGGUACUGACCUGGUGGAGUCCACCUCUGGAGAAGAAGCCGCCGGCCUGCAGAGCAAACUGGAGAACCUCACCCAGCGCUGGAAGAAUAUCCUGGAGAAGACAGAGCAGAGGAGGCACCAACUGGACAGUGCUCUGCUUCAGGCCCAAGGUUUCCAUGGCGAGAUCGAAGACAUGCAGCAAUGGCUGAAAGACACAGAGCGUCAGCUGUUAGCAUCAAAGGCUGUGGGCGGCUUACCAGACACGGCCCGCGAGCAGCUUAAUGCCCAUCUGGAGUUAUGUUCCACAUUGGAGGCCAGGGAGGAGCUGUACCAGCAGCUGAUGAACAAAGGUCAGCAGCUGCUCACCAUGACCCCCUUCGGCCAGGAGAGCAACACAGAGCAGGACCUCAGGAACCUGCAGGACAAGUGGGAGUCGGUACAGGUCAAGGCGGCUGAGAGAAAGGUGAAACUGGAGGAGGCUUUGGCUCUGGCCACAGAGUUCCAUAACUCUCUCCAGGACUUCAUCAACUGGUUGACCCAAGCUGAACAGACUCUCACUAUGUCUUCUCCUGCCUCCCUCAUCCUGGAAACCAUCCUGUUUCAGAUAGAUGAGCACAAGGUGUUUGUGACGGAGGUGAACUCCCACAGGCAGCAGAUCAUUGAGCUGGAUAAGACAGGGACCCACCUGAAGUACUUUAGCCAGAAGCAGGACGUGGUACUGAUCAAGAACCUGCUGAUAAGUGUACAGGGCCGCUGGGAGAAGGUGGUGCAGAGGUCUGUGGAGAGGGGCCGUCUGCUGGACGACGCCAGGAAGAGGGCCAAACAGUUCCAUGAAACCUGGAACAAGCUGACAGAAUGGUUGGACGAUUCGGAGAAGGCUUUGGACUCGGAGCUGGAAAUCGCCAAUGAUCCUGACAAGAUCAAGACGCAGCUGGCCCAGCACAAGGAGUUCCAGAAGGUGCUGGGGAGCAAGCACUCAGUGUAUGACACCACCAGUCGUACCGGACGUGCCCUCAAGGACAAGACGUCACUGCAGGACGAUAACCAGAAGCUGGACGACAUGCUGAGUGAACUGAGGGACAAGUGGGACACUGUCUGUGGCAAGUCAGUGGAGAGGCAGAACAAGCUGGAAGAGGCGUUGCUGUUCUCUGGUCAGUUCACUGAUGCCCUGCAGGCCCUGAUUGACUGGCUGUACAGAGUGGAGCCUCAGCUGGCUGAGGACCAGCCAGUACAUGGAGAUAUAGACCUGGUGCUCAAUCUUAUCGACAGUCACAAGGUUUUCCAGAAGGAGCUGGGGAAGCGGACGGGGAGCGUUGCGGCCCUGAAGCGUUCGGCUAAGGACCUGAUUGAGAGCAGCCAUGAAGACUCCUCCUGGGUCAAAGCUCAGAUGCAGGAGCUGAGCGCUCGCUGGGAGACGGUUUGCGCCCGCUCAGUAUCUAAACAGACCCGGCUGGAACAGGCACUGGGUCAGGCUGAGGAGUUCCACUCUACAGUCCAUAUGCUGCUGGAGUGGCUGGCCGAGGCCGAGCAGAGCCUGCGUUUCCAUGGCACCCUGCCCGAAGACGAGGAGGCUCUCAGGGCUCUUAUCGAGCAGCACAAGGAGUUCAUGAAGAAGCAGGAGGAGAAGAGAGUGGGCCUGAACAAAGCCACCAGCAUGGGGGAGGUUAUCUUGACCAUCUGCCAUCCAGAUUCUAUCACCACCAUCAAACACUGGAACACCAUCAUUAAAGCCCGCUUCGAGGAGGUUCAGGCGUGGGCGCGGCAGCACCAGCAGCGCCUGGCCAUGGCCCUCAGUGAUCUGCUGGCCACUAAGGAGCUGUUGGAGGGUCUGCUGGGCUGGCUGCAGUGGGCUGAGACCACACUCAACGACAAGGAUAAGGAGGUCCUGCCUCAAGAGAUAGACGAGGUCAAAGCCCUCAUCGCUGAGCACCAGACAUUCAUGGAGGAAAUGACCAGGAAGCAACCAGAUGUUGACAAGAUCACAAAGACACACAAGAGAAAGGCUGCGGUCGGGAGUGAGCCUGCCAGCCAGUCCCAAAUCCCUGUCCUGGAGAAAGGAAGAGGUGGAAGAAAGCGUUCUCCCACACAAGCCAUGUACCCAUCAUCUUCACAGCCUCCCAUAGAGACCAAGAACCCCAGGGUCAACCUGUUGGUCAGCAAGUGGCAGCAGGUGUGGUUACUGGCCCUGGACAGGAGGAGGAAACUCAAUGAUUCCAUGGACAGACUUGAGGAGCUGAAGGAAUUUGCCAACUUUGACUUUGAUGUGUGGCGGAAACGCUACAUGCGAUGGAUGAACCAUAAGAAGUCACGUGUCAUGGACUUCUUCAGACGCAUUGACAAGGAUCAGGAUGGAAAGGUCACCAGACAGGAAUUCAUAGAAGGAAUCCUGUCCUCCAAAUUCCCCACCAGUCGGCUGGAGAUGAGUGCGGUGGCAGACAUAUUUGACCGGGAUGGAGACGGCUAUAUCGACUACUACGAGUUUGUGGCUGCCCUUCACCCCAACAAAGAGGCAUACAAACCCCUCACAGAUGCAGACAAAAUUGAAGAUGAGGUUACACGCCAAGUGGCAAAAUGCAAGUGUCCUAAACGAUUCCAAGUUGAGCAAAUUGGUGCCAACAAAUACAGGUUCUACCUUGGAAACCAGUUUGGUUUGGUUCACUGCUUACAUGACCAUGAGAUUAUAACAAGCAGGGACAGUGAAAAUCUAACCCCCCACCUACACCUUGCGGUUUUGGAAAGCUGUAUUCUGUUCGGAGACUCCCAGCAGCUGCGUCUGGUGCGGAUCCUGCGGAGCACUGUGAUGGUGCGCGUGGGUGGAGGCUGGAUGGCUCUGGAUGAGUUCCUGGUAAAGAAUGACCCGUGUCGAGUUCAUCACCACGGGAGUAAAAUGUUGCGCUCGGAAUCAAACUCUUCAAUUACUCAGUCUCCUAUAGGUUGGCAACAAAUCUCACACUUUCUCACCUUGCUCCAUGAACCCCCCAGUGCCAAAGGAAGGACAAACAUGGAGCUGCGAGAAAAGUUCAUUCUCCCAGAAGGCACCACUCAGGUGAUGGCCAGCUUCCGGUAUAGAGGUCGUAGGUCGCGGCCGUCAUCACGGGCUGCCUCUCCCAACAGGUCAAACUCUAACCAUAGCUGUCCGGGCCAGCAUAAUAACCCAGCCUUGCCCAGCACACCCAAGACUCCCCAACACAUAACCCGCAAUUAUGAUAAACCCUGGCUGACAAACAGCAAACCCUCCACUCCUCUUAAAUCAUCAGACUCCUUUGAGAGCCAAGGUUCAUCCUCCGAGAGCACCCCGAUACAGGGAAGCAAACUGCGGCUCCCUGGAUACUUGUCAGGAAAAGGGUUCCAGUCGGGAGAAGAGCAGGGAACCCUGAUCAAUGCUGCUGUGAUGAAAGCACGGGGGCAGGCGAUAGGCUUUGAAUCGAGACGACCCGGCAGCCGACCUGGAAGUAAAGCAGGUAGCCGAGGGAGCAGCCGGAGGGGAAGUGACGCUUCAGACUUCGACAUCUCCGAUAUCGCAUCGGUGUGCUCCGACAUGUCAGAGAUGGUGGGUGACACCAGUCGGGCCACACCCCGCUCAUCGUCACGUCAGCACGGAGGCAAGCCCACCAAAAUCCCCACUCCUCAAAGGAGGUCUACCCCCAGCAAACUGGCCAAGACGUCCAAGAGAUAGUCAGGGGCCUUGAGACAACUACGGCCCAGAGUGGCCCUCGUGGUUCCACAAGACGUAUGGAGACUGGAGACACAUGAACUGACACUAAAGACUGGCGUAUGUGUUGAUUAUUUUAAGUGUUGCGAAGAUGUUAAAUAUUCUGUUGAGAGAAAAAAUGGUUUAAUCUUAAGUGAGAAUGGAAUGUCAAUGGCCUUGUGUAUUUGUGUAUUUGUCUUAAUGUAUUUUAUUUUGUGUGAAUAAUGUCAAAUUAUUAUGAUCAUUUUAUUUUAUUGACGCUAAACCUGAAGAAGUUAAAAAAACAGGAAAUAAAAAAAAAACAUGGAAAAGACUGUACAUUGUAUGGUCAACUAACACUUUUACACACUAAUGAAUGGUAACGCACAGCAUUGUGCUCUGAGAGAGUUACUGAAUGUACUGUAAUUUCUGUAUGCUGGCAUAUGUGUGACAGACGGUGCAUCACGCUACCCUGUGGGACACCAAUGAUCUAUUAUCUAUUUAAAGUGCAAUGAUAUACUGCCAAAAUGCAUUUAAAGGGCAAUACAAUAUACAUGUAGCCUACCACAUAGUAAACACUGCAAAUAAUUAUGUUCCGACUGAGAAAACUGUUGAAGGCAAGUUCAUUCAGAAACCCCUCAAUAUCCAGGCUUUAAAAUACUCCAACUUUCCUUAGCACCUGCAGGUAAUUCUGUUUUGUUUGGUCAAUUUACAGCAAUGUGUGGCAUUUUACCUUGAACAGGGGCCUCUCUGGGCCCUGAGUAGACAUUCUUUAGUGCAUUCAUCAUGUCAGUGUAUGGUUCAUUUUGCUAGAGUGGAAAGGAUUACUGUAACCUUUUUGUAAUAAAUCUGCUUGCAGAAAGCUACCAUGGGAUACUGAGA